CCCACUCCGCCGCGGCUGUCUGCUGGGCUCACCCGCCGCGGACAGAGCUUCAGCCGCCUCUGUCACCUCAGCCACCUCAGCCCCCGCCGCCGACGCCUCCUUCUCGCCCUCCGCGCCCCCCGGCCCCGACGCCUCGCGCGCCCCCAGCCCCUCUAGCCAGAUGAUGAACUUCCUGCGGCGCCGGCUGUCGGACAGCAGCUUCAUCGCCAACCUGCCCAAUGGCUACAUGACCGACCUGCAGCGGCCGGAGCCCCAGCAGCCCCCGCCGCCCCCGCCCCCCGGCCCGGGCGCGGCCUCGGCCUCGUCCGCGCCCCCGGCCGCCUCGCCGGGCCCUGAGCGGAGGCCGCCGCCGGCCCCCGCGCCCGCGCCGCAACCCGCACCACAAGCAGCGGCGGCGGCGGCGCCGUCGGUGGGCAGCAGCUUCUUCAGCUCGCUGUCCCAGGCGGUGAAGCAGACGGCCGCCUCGGCCGGCCUGGUGGACGCGCCCGCGCCCCCGCCCGCCGCCGCCAGGAAGGCCAAGGUGCUGCUGGUCGUCGACGAGCCGCACACCGACUGGGCCAAGUGCUUUCGGGGCAAAAAAGUCCUUGGAGAUUAUGACAUCAAAGUGGAACAGGCGGAAUUUUCAGAGCUCAACCUGGUGGCCCAUGCAGAUGGGACCUAUGCUGUGGAUAUGCAGGUGCUCCGGAAUGGCACAAAGGUUGUCCGGUCCUUCCGGCCAGACUUUGUGCUCAUCCGGCAGCAUGCAUUUGGCAUGGCAGAGAAUGAGGACUUCCGCCACCUGAUCAUUGGCAUGCAGUAUGCAGGCCUCCCCAGCAUCAACUCAUUGGAAUCCAUUUACAACUUCUGUGACAAGCCGUGGGUGUUUGCCCAGCUGGUGGCCAUCUACAAGACAUUGGGAGGAGAAAAGUUCCCACUCAUUGAGCAGACCUACUACCCCAACCACAAAGAAAUGCUGACACUGCCCACGUUCCCUGUGGUGGUGAAGAUCGGCCAUGCUCACUCGGGCAUGGGCAAGGUCAAAGUGGAAAACCACUAUGACUUCCAAGACAUUGCCAGCGUGGUGGCCCUCACCCAGACCUAUGCCACAGCAGAGCCUUUCAUUGAUGCCAAGUAUGACAUCCGGGUCCAGAAGAUAGGCAACAACUACAAGGCUUACAUGAGGACGUCGAUCUCAGGGAACUGGAAGACCAACACCGGCUCUGCAAUGCUGGAGCAGAUCGCCAUGUCAGACAGGUACAAGCUGUGGGUGGAUACCUGCUCUGAGAUGUUUGGUGGCCUGGACAUCUGUGCUGUCAAAGCUGUACAUGGCAAAGAUGGGAAAGACUACAUUUUUGAGGUCAUGGACUGUAGCAUGCCACUCAUCGGGGAACACCAGGUGGAGGACAGACAACUCAUCACCGAACUGGUCAUCAGCAAGAUGAACCAGCUACUGUCCAGGACCCCUGCCCUGUCUCCUCAGAGACCUUUAACCACCCAGCAGCCACAGAGUGGAACACUUAAGGAUCCGGACUCGAGCAAGACCCCACCUCAGCGGCCAGCCCCGCAAGGGGGCCCUGGGCAACCCCAAGGAGUGCAACCCCCAGGCAAGGUGCUGCCUCCACGCCGGCUCCCCCCUGGACCAUCACUGCCACCUUCCUCUUCUUCCUCCUCCUCUUCUUCCUCCUUCUCGGCUCCUCAGCGGCCGGGCGGCCCCACCACCCACGGAGAUGCACCCUCCAGCAGCAGCUCCCUGGCAGAGGCCCAGCCACAGAAGCCCCAGCCUCACCCACAGCUCAACAAGUCGCAGUCCCUGACAAAUGCCUUCAGCUUCUCUGAGUCCUCCUUCUUCCGGUCUUCAGCCACUGAGGAUGAAGCCAAAGCAGAGACCAUCCGGAGCUUGAGGAAGUCCUUUGCCAGCCUCUUUUCAGAUUAGCUCUCCAGACACACAGGGACACCCGGCUCAACCGGGAAAGGCAUCUGAGACAUUUGCCAACAACAGUCAGCCACGUGUGGUGGUGAUGUCCCCGUGACCUUGACGUGUGUGGCCCCUUCCUCUGCUCCGUUGUGCUCAGUUAUGUGGUGCAGCUCAGAAAGGACCGUGACGGUGUCAGGGAAGGUGCCUAGCCAGCAAGGAGCACCUGACAUCAGAGAGGAUGGAGCUGCUUUCCUGUCGUAGGAGAGCUUCCCCUGAGGUCAUCGUUUGCUGUGAUUUUAGUGGCCUUAUUGUGACAGUGCCAUCCUGUCUUAUUCUUCCUUGUGAAACCAGGAUCCCCUUCACUGAGGGACACCUGGUGGCUUAAUGCAGCUCAGAUGCAGUGCUAAGCAUGCCCCCUGUAGUCAGAGAUGCCUGCUUGCAGAGAAUAUAUUAACCCCCACAUACUCCUGGCUCUAAGCGUUAGGGACAUACCCACACCUGGAUCCCUUGUCACACCUGUUUAGCUGUUUAAAACAUAACUGCCUGGCAUAGGCGAUUCCUCCGAGGCUGUGGUGGUGAAGCAUCUGUAGUCUGCUGCUCCGGGAGAGAUCAAGGACCUGCAGCUCCCCUCCCCCACCUGAGCGCACUGCUUCUGUGCCAGCUCCUCCCCAAGCCGCGCUGUAGAGAAUGCAUGCCAGUAUGCCAAGUUUUGUGUUCCUCUCCAAAUAAAUGUGAAGACUUUUGGUAUAAUAAAAGCAGCAGCAUUAACCA